GGAAUUAUAGAUAAUAUGCAAACGUUCAGUAUUGUGAAAUAUAAGUGAAAUCUUAUGGUGUUUUUUUUCUUCUGUCCUUCCACAGAAAGAUAAACAUGCAUCUAAAAGUUGUGGUCUUCACCCUAUCAUGCUUGACAACUUCAGCAUUCCCACUCCACCGUUACACCAGGGAGGCAACCUGGACUGAUUCAAAGGACAACCAGGCUCAUGAUAAGACAGAACUCACAAAGGAUGUGGAUAAAAUCUACAAGAGCCACAUAGACAGCAGUGGCCUCUACAACCCAGAUGAUCAACGCAAAAACCCUGUGGCAGAGGAGAUGCAACGCAAAGUCAACAUGGAGUCAGAGCGUCUGCGUACUCGUCUGCGCCAAGAGCUGGCCGAGCUGCAAGAGCGGUUGUCCCCAUCUUCAACCCACCUCAGCUCCACCCUGGCCCGCAUGAGGGAGCGCUUGGCUCCCCUCACCCAGCAGCUCCAGAGCUCUCUCAGCAGCAACACCCAAGAUCUGUGUGGCCAGCUGAGCCUUUAUCUGCAGGCCAUGGAGGCAGCAGAGGCUCAGGCAGAGGUCAGUCCGGCUCUGUACCAGGAAGCCUUCCACUGGAUGAGCCAAACCCUGGAGCAUAGCAGCUCCAAGGUGGCUGACCUCAUCAGCGACUUCCAUACUAAAACUGUCGAGGUGAUUGAACAUCUGAAAGAGAUCAGUGCUAGUGAGCAAGAGGCAGCCAAGUCAGAGCACUGGCAGGAAAUUAGCUUCAGGUUGGGACAGGAAGUGAGUUCUCUGAGGACGGAGGCACAGAACAGGGUGGGGGCUCUCAAAGCAGAGCUUACUGCUCUGCUAGAAACUUCACGGCUUGGUAAGGCUGAAGUGAGCGACAGUAUGGAGCGGUUCUGCCAAAAUGCAGCCCUGCAGAGCCAAGUGUUUCAGGCCCGGAUGGAGAGUCUGUUUCAGCAGCUGGAAAGGGAGCUGGAGGUCCAGGGAGCCCCCAGCCUGUCUCCUUCUUCCACCGCUUUGUCCAUACAGCUAGGUGGCCUUUUGCAGGAAGACUUCUCACUUAAACUCUCCGCUCUGAUCCAAGACAUUCAGCUCUCAGUGUAG